AUGAAAGAAAGAACGAAAAGUUUUCAGUGUUCUCAUCGAACCAGUCUACCGACGCAAGAAAUAUCAUUGCAUGGAGCUUUAAACCAGAUGGAAAAUAUCGCUGUCAGUAAAAUUUUAUUGUUUGGCAUUCGCUUCUUUGCCAUGUCUCAACAGAGGGGUUGGAUAAUAUCGGAUGACUUCGAGUGA